CUUGGAAGUACUGUACCUUUGGACUGUCCAUGUGACCGGUCCUUCGAGCCAGGAACCCUGCAGAGUAAUACGGUGGUAUUGUCGUCGUCGUAGCCUGGGAGUCGAAGUCAUCAUGAAUCAACCAUUAGUAAGGACCAGUCCCGAGGACCAUCCGUGCGCCGUAACUUAUUAUCCGUCACCGUCAGCUGUCAUUCGUUUUUGGGUGAGUGGGCGUGCGCGCGCAACGCACGAAUUCCCGGGCUCCUCCUCCCCUCAGCUCCCUUCUUGUGACCCCGCCCCGCUCGGCAUUGCCCGGACCGUUGCAGCUUGUCUUCUGCUUUGCCUUACCUUGCCUGGUCUUGGUCUUCCGAUCACCCGUGCAAGAGACUAGCCGUACAAGAGAGAAAAUUCGUGUCAGCACGGAAUUAAUCGAAUCAGGAUUUCCGUACUCCGUACUCACU